AUGGCUUCGUGGCUUCAGAUUCCCAAGAACUCGCCAUUCUCCCUGGCCAACAUUCCAUUCGGUAUCAUCUCCACAUCAUCCGUCUCCCGCGUUCCUGCUAUUGCAAUCGGUGACUAUGCCUUGGAUUUGAGCACCUUUGCUACUGCUGGUGGUUUCGCUCCAUUGCCUGAGGUUCAAAAGAAUCUUGCCGUUUUCAACCAAACAACUCUGAACGACUUCGCCGAGUUGGGCCGUCCAGUACAUCGCCAGGUGCGCGAGUACUUACAGAAUGUAUUCAGCGCGGAUACCCGGUACCCGGAGAUACUCAAGGACAACGCAACCCUGCAGAAGGAAGCUCUUCUGCCUCGCUCAGGAGUGACCAAUCACGUUCCCAUGCAGAUUGGCGAUUACACCGACUUCUACGCUGGAAAGAAUCACGCUUAUAAUGUCGGAGUUCUUUUCCGAGGACAUGAGAAUGCUCUGCAGCCAAACUACACACAUCUCCCCGUCGCCUACCACGGACGUGCCUCAUCUGUCGUUCCUUCAGGUACACCUUUGCACCGACCAAGUGGUCAAAUCCUCGCCAACCCCGCCGCCAACCCCAAGGUUCCUGUCUUUUCUCCAUGCAAGAAAUUAGACAUUGAGCUCGAGCUCGCAGCUUUCAUCAGCAAGCCCAAUGAAAUGGGUAAACCCGUCUCUAUCGACGAAGCCGAGGAUCACAUUUUCGGUCUCGUUCUGAUGAACGACUGGUCCGCGCGUGAUAUCCAAGCAUGGGAAUACGUCCCUCUGGGUCCAUUCAACGCUAAGAACUUCGGCACAACCAUUACACCCUGGGUCGUUCUCAUCGAUGCACUUGAGCCCUUCCGUGCUACUGGAAUUGAGCCCGGAAAUCGCGAAUCCCUCCUCCCAUACCUGCGACAAAAGCGCCCCGAGAUUACCUAUGAGAUUCCUCUGGAGGUCGAGAUCACCAACAAGGGUGGUCAACCCACAGUGAUCUCGCACAGUAAUGCCCGCAACCUUCUAUACUCGUUCCCCCAGAUGGUUGCUCACCAUACCAUCACCGGAUGUAAUCUGCGAUCUGGUGAUUUGCUAGGCUCGGGUACUAUUUCCGGUACCGAGCCCAAGACGCAGGGUAGUUUGCUUGAACAGACUAAUGGCAAGACACCUCUGAUUCUGGCUGAUGGAUCUGAGCGUCUAUUCUUGGAGGAUGGCGAUACUAUCAUUCUGCGUGGUACUGCUGGUACAGAGGGUAGCUAUGUUGGAUUUGGCGACUGUGUCGGCACCAUUCUCCCACCUGUUUCUUUUUAA